GAUCUCCUCCGGGUCGCCGCCGGCCCUUUAAGGCGGCCGCUGACGUGCCGGGGACGGGCGGGGCGCCGGCAGGCGGAAGUGGCGGGCGCCACCUCAGCGGGGCCGCGGAGCUGGGCGCCGGCCGGGAACAUGGCGGGCAUCAAAGCUCUCGUGGGGCUGUCGUUCAGCGGAGCCAUCGGGCUGACCUUCCUCAUGCUGGGCUGCGCCCUGGAGUACUACGGCGUGUACUGGCCUAUGUUUGUCUUAAUUUUUUACUUCAUCUGCCCCAUUCCCCACUUCAUCGCGAAAAGAGUGAGUGACGACAGCGACGCGGCCAGCAGUGCCUGCAGGGAGCUGGCGUAUUUCUUCACCACUGGAAUUGUCGUCUCCGCCUUCGGGUUUCCCAUAAUCCUGGCACGGGUCGAAGCGAUCAAAUGGGGAGCCUGUGGCCUGGUGCUGGCUGGCAAUGCAGUCAUUUUCCUCACUAUCUUAGGCUUUUUUCUUGUGUUUGGUAGAGGAGAUGACUUCAGCUGGGAGCAGUGGUAGGACCUCACCCCGACGCUGGUAACGUUUUGCAGCGUACAUCACCGCGUGUGGCCUCUGUGCGUGUAUCUGUGUAUGUACUGCAACACACGUACGUGUGCGCGCCGAGGCAGACGUGUGUGUGCAUAUGCAUCUAACCUCGUUUUUCAUUAUCAGAUCAUAACAUGCUUUUUACAAUGUGUCAGCCAAGGGGGAAGGGCCUUUGUGACAGCUCUUAACGUGUUCAGUAAAUGUUGGCAUCACCCUUGCAAAUUUGUCCACAAAGAAGUUUGCAAAACAAACUGUUUUACUCAUUUUGUCAGUAUAUAUGCAUUAAUUUCUGCGCUAACCAGAGAUCGUUGUAUGAGAUGUUGGUCAGCAGGUCUGUGGUUUGUUAUUUUUAACCACGUAGUCCAGAUAGGUCAAUAGAAAGAUGAUCGUACUUACUGUUGUUCAACUUGAUUGCCUUUCUGCUUUGAUUAUGGAUAAAUGAGUACUUGCUCUCCAUUUGAGUAAUUGUUAUUCUAGUUGGUUUUCCUGAUACCAAAAAAACAAACACAAGUUAUGCAAACUCUUUUAUUGCCUAAUGGAAAAAAAAAAGAAAAGAAAAAAAUGGUUAAAAAUCCUCCCUGCCAUUUAUGGUGUUCAUUUAUAAACUACUUUUUUUCUUCCUCUAAAGAUACCCUUGAUUUGUCCCUCUUCAACUUAAUGACUGUAGAUGUAUUCUGGGAAUAAUCUAACGUAUGUUAAUGCUCAGAGCUGACAUUACUUCUCUCGAAGGUUCUCGUUGCUUUUAAAACAUACUUACUCGAACUACUUUUCUUGUCUGUAAGAGAAGAUCAUUAUAUUAAAACUAUAUUUUUCUGAUGGCAUUAUCUUACUCAACAUUCACAUAAAGUUUACAUUUAUAAGUGAGAUUGUUACUAUUUUGUCUUGCUGAGUCCUUUGCAUUCUGGAAGCACGUAACUUUAUACAAAUGCAUUCUGAUACAACCCUGACUCCGGAAGACUUCUCAGUAGUCUACCAAGGGAUGAAAGCAGAGACACGUUAGUUUAUUAUUCCGUAGGAAAAUGGACGUAAGGAGAUUCCUGUUCUGUGAAGUAAGAAACUGAAUUCCCACGUGGGGUAUGUUUUACUGUCGAGUUCUUUAGAUUAGCAGAUCGCAAGUGAGUGUUUUAUAAUCCGUGUUAGCUCUCAGCUGACUGCUGUCACCCAGCACUAACUGUAAGGGACCUUGUGCAAAGAGGCAACAGAAUCAACCCUACGAGAUGUGGCGGCUUCACUGAUGCCAUGGCUUCUGCCUCCUAAAUUGUAUGGAACUGCUUAGGCUGCUCUCCAAACUCCCUCAUUACUGGCGUACUGCAAAACGGAGUCCUGUGGAUUGCUGCACAGAGCAAAGCUUAACAGAUUAACGAAUGUUACGUGCGCACUCUGAUACUUGGUCUUUUGUUCAUGCUCAGGGCCCUAGGAAAACAAAAAACAAAACCAGUAUAGAAGUCAUUCUGGGGACCAAGUAAGUAGUAUCUAUCACUCAGCAGGAAUGUGGAGUGUCGUGUUUCAGGAAGGUAAAUAAUUCUAUUUGAUUAGAUAGAAAGCUGUUAAUUACAUGCUUUAAAUGCAAGCUUCAGGAGGGUAUAAGGUCAACUCUUCAGUGCUGAGGAAUGCUGCAUAGCUCUAGGUUAUACUGAAGUGUGCCUUAAGCUGUCAUUCUUGUAAAAGAAGAGUUAAUAUCAGAGGACAAGGUUUUGUUUUUUUUCUUCUGAAUGUUAAUGCUUCCUCACAGAUGAAGCAGGAACAUGCCUGUAAGGAUGCUGGGUGCAAACAAGUUGUCCGCCAGUUUCUUCUUCCUGACUUAAGUGAAAUCUGUGUCCUACUGAUCUGUAAAGUACUGUUGGGGAAACUAUUGGCUCUAGUUAUGAGCUGAGUCGUUGAGAACAAACAUAGUUUCUACGUAGAGGUCCUGCUUUCAUUUUUGAAGGAGUCGCUUUUUUCCCCUAAAUCGCGGCAUUUUUCAUUCAAGUCGGUGAAGUGAAACGAUGACAGUAAUACCCAAAUGAAGUGCCUGUCCUACACAAACCUGAAGUCACUGCGAAUCAUUCCACUGAACUCCUGUUAAAAUACCUGCGCUUGCAGUGGGUUCCUGAGUAUUUUCACUCCUCAGAAUUUAUGGACCGACGGCUGCGAUAGAACUACAGAACUAUUCAGUUACCACCGAAAUUCUGCUUUUGAGAGCGUGGAGUAAAAACCAGCUGACGUGAAUUUGUCUCUACGUUAGAGAACAGUUGUUGAGGAAUCUGUUCUACAUCUGUUAGCGGUGUGUGUGGCAGCUACAGGCAGCGAGCGUGUGACAAUCUGAAGGGAAAAGGAGGACUAGAAGCAGUAGUACGUGGUUAGGGAGGGGUUGCUCUGACAAAUGAUGCUGUUGUACUGUAUUUACUUUGGAUAUUACUGUGGUUGGUGGGUACCUCAUGAAAUGGCAGGUAGAUACUGAAUGAAGAAAGCGACCGCUUCUCUUUUGAUGCAGCUACGUGCACUAACACUUAAUGUGAACUUCAUGCAGAUUUCACCGUGGACUUCUGUUUUAAAUUGUUUAACUUUUAAAAUUAAUUUUAACAAUGUUUAAACCACGGAAUUCUUCCUUGAGCUCUUUAGAAGUAAAUUUCCUUGAACGAGUUUUCAAUGUCAAUUUCAGGGUAAAAAAAUUCAGUGCUAGCUUCACUCACUGACAAACCUGGUGCUCUGAUGGCCAGUACUGGGCACACCGUCACUAUCUACCAGUAGCAAUUUCCUGUGGUUUCUCUGAAAUUGUUUUCAUACGUGGAAGUGAAUGUUAUGUAUCCAAAGUGCCUUAAUUACAAUACUGUGCUGAUUUUGCGAAUGCUUAUACAUGGAAAAUCAUUAUUUCAUAAACAGCUGAAAAUCUGUUAUUGCAUUUUUAAAAAGCCUCCUUGUCAAUUAAUCACAUUUCCUGUAAUUCAGAAUGCAGCGCAGCCUUUGUAACUUUUGUAAACACUAUUCUUAUUUUUCUGUGAUCGCCAGGUUCUUGAGAUGAAGUAUUAAGACACAUCCUACUUUUCUUUUUGUUUUGUCUAAUAAAACCGAGUAAACAUA